AUGGCAGGGGUAAAUGGAGACCGUAAAGGGAAGAAAGAUGACAAUGGAAUCGGCACAGCCAUUGACUUCAUGCUUUCCAAUGCCAAGCUUGUGCUGGGAGUGGGAGGAGCAGCCAUGCUUGGGAUUGCAACACUGGCUGUCAAAAGAAUGUACGACCGUGCCAUAAGUGCUCCUACUAGCCCCACCAAGAUGGAACAGACAGGAAAGAGGAGCUGGGAGGAGCCCACCUGGAUGGGUUCAUCACCUCGGGUACUGAACCAUGACAUGAAGUCCACAGUUAGCAGGUCGCUGCAGUCUCUGCCUACCUCCUCGCAUGCUUUUGAACCAGACUGUCUUCGGAGGGUCGUGGGUCGAGCUGCUGUGGGAGGCAGUGGAGCCACUCAGUCAGACCUGCUGCGGGCCCGGAUGCGUCUGUCCCUGCAGGAACAUCUGUGGGAGUUCUACCAAAAUAAUGUGAACAUCCCUACUGAGGAGCAAGCUACAGCCAGGAGGGCAGCGCUGGACAUCUGUGCUGAGCUCAGAGUGUUCCUUCAUGCCAAACUGCCCGACAUGCCGCUCAGAGAGAUGUACCUGAGUGGCAGUCUGUAUGAUGACCUGCAGGUGGUGACAGCAGACCACGCCCAGCUGAUGGUGCCUCUAAUCCUGGAGAAGAACCUGUGGUCGUCCAUCCCUGGGGAGGACACCAUCAUGAACGUCCCAGGUUUCUGGCUGGUCCGCAGGGAGAACUUGGAAUAUUUCCCACGGAACAGCAGCUACUGGGACCGCUGCAUGGUCGGAGGUUACCUCUCCCCUAAAUCAGUCCUCGAUGUCUUUGACAAGCUUGUCAGCUCUAUCAACUGGCCAGCUAUAGGGAGUGUCCUCGACUAUGUCAUCCGUCCUGUGGUUCCCUCAGAAACGCUGACCCUGGAGGUGCAGUACGAGACGAACCGGAAGCUGAAUGUGGACUUUCUACCAUUACUAGUGAUGGAGGAUGGGACCUCGCUAAUCGCCAAACCACAUCGGCUUGCUGCGGAGCGCCAUGAAAACUUGUGGCGGCAGAGCUUCCGUGUGGCGGAGACGGCGCGGCUCAGGGCCUUGGAUCAGGAGGACGGAGGCUGCCGAUGCGCCUGCUUGAAGGUGGCGAAGGCCAUGUGCAAGCUCAACCCUGCCCUUAACCGGCUCAACGCCAGCCAGCUCACCAACGCCAUCCUGCUGCUGAGCGAAAAAGAAGGCGACUGGACCCAGGAAGCGCUGGCUGACCGCUUCCUUCAGCUGCUACGAGCACUAGUGGGGCACCUAGAGGCCGGGAAGCUGCCCUGCGCCCUAAGCCCCAAAGUUAAUUUAUUCUGUGAGUUGACUGAACAUGAAGUGGACGAGCUCGGGUACACGCUCUACUGUGCACUCUCAGAUCCUGAGGGGCUUCUGAGAACUGCUGUGGAAGUUAAUCCCUGACAACUUCAUACAUGAACUGUCAAAGAAAAGUCAACUACUGUUUUUGUGGUCAAUGGUGACCUGUAACCAUGACAAUGCUAAAAAAAACAACAACAAAAAAAAGAAACAAGAAAAAAGAUCGGCUGCAUGGAAUCAUCCUCCUGAAACACAAAACACAUGCUCGCUACAUUCUUAAAUGCCUCAUCACAAACAUCUGUGAGAACAUGUGCAGUAGCAGUUGACUCUUGACAUAUAAGCUGUAUGUGAUGUGAGGCGUGAUCAUCCAAAUAUCCAGUUUUAAUCUCUGAUAAAAGUGAAGGCCAGUUUGAGUUCAUGGCUCUCACUAAAACCAUUGUAUUAAUGAAGUUAAGAGUCAGAAUGCUGCUAUGACCAAAUGAAUUAGAAUGGAGGGAUUAAAAUGGGAAGAUUGAGAUGCAGUAUGUGCAUCUGCAUUAUAUUUGAUCUCUUUUAAAACUGGUUGGACUGUUUUAUAGGAGGACAGAUUGUGGUAACCAUGGUUACAUCGUUGACUCUGGUGAGAUGGGUCCAUGCCCCUGUGCUGAGAUAGAAUGUAAUGUUGAUUGUGUGUAUGCAAACCCAAAAGCUAAUAAAUUGUUGACAAAUUGAUCAGCCUGAAAGACUCAACAUUCUUGAGUUAAAGAGACAAGCUAACAAUCUUUAAUAGAGUUCAGUUUUUUAUUUUAAAUCAAGGUUUUCUAAGAAAAACUUCAUUAAUACAGUGGCUGCGUUCAAGAUGAAAGCUUUACAUGUUUCCGGAGACAAUGUGAAAACAAACAUUAGGCUGUGUGUGUGGAGUGUUUGCAGCUUGCAUGUGUUAGCUACCAAAUCAAGGUGAAUAUAUACACUUGUUGAUGUCUGCUUAAUAUUUCUAAUUCCAUGCCAUUCAGCCAAGAAUCUGACACAUUUAAAUAUAUGUCCACAAAAAGAAUAACCUACCAUUUGUGGAAAUAAGCAUUUUCCAAUUUCUUGCUCAUUCAUUAAGUUUGAACAAAAAUUACAGCAGCGUCAUCUUGUCAUACAACAAUUUUGGCCUUGAGAAAAUAUUUCCUUGUGACUGGACGUUAAUCUGUCUGAUACAGAGAUGCUCUUUGUUUGCUCUUAUGAAAUGGAGGUUUCUCCUCCAGGCCCACAUCUCUGUCUUUGCUGCACAGGUCUGCUGCGCUUUAUUAACCAAUUAUUAUUGUCUUGUACAACCUCCAUCACGGGUUAUUUUGCACUGUUAACAUUUUAAUUUUUUUCGGCAGAUUUGCAACAAACGCUGGUCAGAAGCUGUUUUUUGCUUGUUACUGGUCAUCAUAUCAAUGAUAUUGAAUCUUGGCGUACAGCAGUAUAACUUUGUCUUAAGUAUAAUUCAGAUUCUCUUUACUCUAGAUGAUAACUUUUAAAGAUGAGCAGUUUUCAGUAUGGGUUGCAUACACUUGCUGGUGCUGAGUGGGUCGAUCUUUGUAGCAAGGGAGUACUUUUAGCUGGAUUAUAGUUUUUCAGCUACUGUCUCUCUGCAUUGUCAGAAUAACCAACAGCACACUGCUGUGAACGUGGUCCGUACGAGCAGGUUUUGUGUGUUUGUCAUUUAGUGUAUUAGUCUCAGUAUUAACUUGGGAAUCAGCCUCAAGCCUGAUUUCAUUAGAGCACGGAGCCUGUUACCUUUGUAGUACCUUUAUGUGUAUAUCUGUGUGCACGCUUGUGCACGAGUUGAGUCCCUGAUUAACGUAGAGGUGCAGAUCUGGUCCGGUGUGUCUUGGGUAGGUAGCCAGACAUGGAUUAGUGCAGUAACAGACCAUGUUGCACAGGACAUGUUAGUGGUCAGCUCCCGCACUGUACAUCAAUCUUUACUAACACGACACCUGGCUGCUUCUUCCUGUCAGGUCUGCUUGUAUAAUAAUAGAUUACAGGUGCUAUUCUCUUUUAGAUCGUGAUUUGAUCAAGGGGGUCAUAGAUUUUCGGUUAUAACAGCAGCUUUGAUAGUCCAAAUUUCUGGUGUUAGCCUAGCAUUCAAUGCAGAUUGAUAAGGUUUACAACCCAGAGUUAAGCUGCACAAUUCAUGAAUGUCAGUUCACUGUCAUUGCAUUGCAAGUGACAGUAGGUGGACUGAUGACAAUUCAAAAGCUGCCAGACUGUCAAAUGGAGUUUAUUAUGUAUCUCUCUAAAUCACUACUCUAAAUAUGUUGUCCAAAAUAAUCACAUUACUGCUUUUGUUCUCACUUUUAGCCUUAGAAUGGAGAUAUGCAGUGAUAAGGAGCAAGUGUCCCCUCAGUCCUCAACCCAGUUUGUGUAGUGUAAAGUACGGAAGGAUUUGGGUUGUUAAUAGUUCUGUUGUGCAUCCAGUUAAAUAAUCACCCAUAUAAUAACGGAGAAACAGGUAAUAUUUUUGUAUUUAUUGUACAUUUGUAACCAAAGAGAUUAUUUAUUUGCAAUGAUUCAACAUGUAAUGUACCACUUGUUGUGCUUCAUUAAGUGCUUUGUUCUGGAUGUACAGGUAGAAAAUUAAUCCGCAGUGAGUCUUAAUAGUCUUCCUUUGCAGACCUAGGUAAUGCUACAAAUGACUGCUGUGUGAAGUGAGGGGAGUCACUGUGCCACAUUUGUAAUGUUAUUGUAAAACAAAACCCAAAGUAGAUCACUACCUCUACCUUGUGGAGUUCAUACUAGCCAUAUGCUGUGUUGCAUGCUGUGUAUUUUGCCCCCAAGCUUUUUUUUCUUUUCUUCUUUUUUAAAGUUUGGCUCUGGAGCUGAACGCUGCAGCACUUUGUAUACUUCAUUAAAUGUUUGAAAUUA